UCAUAGAGUGGUUCGUGACCGACUCAUCUCAUCCGAUAUAAAUCCGAAAUUCGAUAUAUAACCUAUAACCUAUUAUCAAGAUUUAUAUCUUGACAAUCGCGACUUUUGAAUUUUCUUUCUUCCGCCUUCUUCUUAGCAAUUUAGAUUCUCGACGAAAAGCUGUUUAAACGUUAAAAUGCCGUGCGAGAUGAUAACUUUGCAGCUCGGUCAAUGCGGCAAUCAAAUCGGAUUUGAAUUUUGGAAGAGGCUAUGCGCAGAGCAUGGUAUUAGCCCGGAAGGAAUUUUAGAAGACUAUGCGACAGAGGGAAUGGAUAGAAAGGAUGUUUUUUUUUAUCAGUCAGAUGACGAACAUUAUAUACCACGAGCUGUAUUGUUAGAUCUGGAACCGAGGGUAAUUCACACUAUCAUGAAUUCUCCAUACUCAAAGCUGUAUAACCCUGAAAAUAUCUAUUUAUCGAAACAUGGCGGCGGUGCUGGAAAUAACUGGGCGUCUGGAUAUCAUCAGGGUGAAAAAUUGCAGGAAGAAAUCUUUGAUAUUUUGGACAGAGAAGCCGAUGGUAGUGACAGCUUAGAAGGUUUUGUUUUAUGUCAUUCUAUAGCGGGAGGUACAGGUUCUGGCAUGGGAUCUUUCAUGUUGGAAUCCCUCGCCGAUAGAUUUCCCAAAAAACUGAUUGAGACGUACAGCGUUUUUCCAAAUCAAGAUGAAAUAAGCGAUGUCGUAGUACAGCCAUAUAAUUCAUUGUUAACUUUGAAAAGGCUGACUCAAUGUGCAGAUUGCGUGGUGGUCUUGGAUAAUACUGCUCUCAACAGAAUCGCUUCGGAUAGAUUGCAUAUCCAGAAUCCUAGCUUUACGCAAAUUAAUAAGCUUGUUUCAACAAUAAUGUCUGUCAGUACAACCACUUUGAGAUAUCCUUCGUACAUGAACAAUGAUUUAGUUGGUUUGAUUGCACCACUCAUACCGACUCCUCGCUUACAUUUCUUAAUGACUGGGUACACUCCACUUACAACGGAUCAAGAGGUAUCUAUUGAGUUAGUAGAAAUCUAAUACGUUCAUAC